UUUACUUUAUCCUCUGCUUCUCUCAUUCCGAUUAUCAAUUCGAAUUCUCGAACUGUGAACAGCAACACUCGUUAUUAGCCUUUCGAGUCCUCUCAGCCACUCCUCCUUUUCGGAUUCCCGUCGGACUGCUUGCGCCUUAGACAGGCAUUGGCUGCGCUCUUGCCUGGGGUUUAGGAAGGCACAUCGAACCCUCGAAGCAACCUUCGGACCGCUCUCUCCUUUGAAUCUAUCUUCGAUUCGGCCACUAUUAGACGUCAGAACUACUACUAGCUAGGCUCGGGCCACUACAGUCAACUCCCCCUCCAGCGGACUUACUCCUGACGCCUCAUUGGGAGGUGUAGAGUACACUUCGUUCCAAAAGAUUCCUGGAUUGCCUCCGGCUGAAUGAAGACACACGGAGCGAAUUGAAGGAUCGGGAUGCUCAGUCGUACAACUCGUACAUGUACAUCCUUUAUUGCGAACUCGUACACCGUCGAACUACGAGAUAUGCCCCGAUCUGAAAAGAAGGCGACGUAGAAUUUCGCCAUCUAGCAUGCACGUAGAGCUACAAACAUCAUUAUAUGCAUAUGGGCCUGCUAUCUUAAGCGUCCACUGUCGAAUCGCAGCUCGCCAAUGCUCAAGCUCUUACCCAAUGACCACUCUGGAAAGAACGCUGCUAGCCCUCAACUGAGGAUAUCGUCUCAGCGAGAGUUCGGCAUCUCGUAACCGGACUCGUUCGUAGGAGGAUUUCGACGAAGCUGCUCUUGUAUGCGGUCCGGCUCGUUCGACUUUACAAUUUCGAGAUGGCAUUGAGCGACAGAUGCAGAGCGGUCCGACGGUCCGAUCUUCUGUAUUAGAAAGGAUGAUGUCGAGGAUGAGAUGCCGAGUGUGCAGUCCUUCGCACCCAACUACACUGGCUCUACAACACAGCGCCAAGGAUAUCGCAUCCUGAAGCCUGACAUCACCCAACGAUCUGUAUCUCACGUCAACAAAUGGUCAACAUCUCGUAACCGCGCUAGUUCACCGCCCACUGUCCGAGGAAAUAGUCUGCAGCAGAACGACGACUUGCACAUCUGGACCGCCAAGGCACGAUACGUAUUUUUCCGCGCGCGGUUCCAGAAAACGUCCAACUUCCGAUCGAAGGGGCUUAUCCUCCGCCUUGGAUCUGAGGACUUGGCAACAAUGGGAAUGGAAAUCAGCGUGCUAUUAUUGUCGCGCCAAGCACACGGUGGUUAUGUGGGAUGUUGGGAUGGCUUGGCCAACAGGCCCAACAAGCGAGUUGAACGCCCAGAGGCAACGUUGCGUGUGCUGGUCGUGCGACCAAGACUUGCUAUCAAUUAGGCGACUGAUGACCCGUUGGAGCCGAUCUCUAAUGUCAGCAUCGAAAGUAUAUGCAGCAUACGAUGCAAGAAUCAGUUCCUCUUGGCGACGUAUGACGCGAAGCAGGCCUGGGGCUUCUGCGAGGCUUGGAGGCUUUGAUCGGUUCCAGGAAUAGAUGUUUGCGGGAACCGCGUCCGUCGCUCUCUGCCUUGUACCAUGCCGCAGAAAUCGCCGACGCCCCCUGCAAAGCCCCCAUCAACAACCAAGGAUUAACAACGAUCAACUCCACCAUCUCGGCACCCUAUCCCCAGCAUCCAGAAGAAGACGGGCCACCACUCGGGAAGCAGGCCGAAUCCCGAUCCGCCUCGGUGGUCUUGGCCCCCUGCUGGACCCCGACCUGCCCGCGGGCUCAGGAGUCAGAAGACACUGGGUUUCCGAGGGGGGAUCUUAAGGACGAUUCGAUUUCCUGUUCCCGAUUGUUGGGAAUGUGGCGGGACUGGCAGAAAACGCGGAUUUCCUCGUCCUCCGAGGGCGCGCCCACUUUCUUUGGUAGAAGAUGUUGCCAAGUACGGCAAGAGGAGAUAUGAAGCAAUAUUUUCACCAAUGAUUAUCCUACGAGCAUUCGAAGCUGCACACUUUCUGCGAAGAGAAGUCGCCACCAACUUGAAGGCACAAAAAAAGUUACCGGAGACACCGCCGGUUAGAGCACUGCCACUGCUUCUGAUGAGCAGAAAAUCACGCGCGUCCCUGAGCGGAGGGGAGCUAAUCUCGAUCGGGAGCAACGGGCGAGACUUCGGCACGUGCGUGACCAAUCAUCGUUCGAGGCGAGGGGAAGCGAGGAAGUUUUUGACCCGUACUGUCUUUUGUUGUGAAGGGGGCGGCGACUCGAGUCAGGCCGAUUCAUGCGUAAGGGAUGGGCGGCUGGUGGGAUGGAAUAGGAGAUAAGGAUGACGAUGGGAAUGGGAAAUAAAGUUUGAAAGGUUGGCUGUGCGCGUGGUUCAUGGUGCGUAUCGCUGCAACGAACGUGCGCGCGCGAACCAUGAUAAUCGCGACGCGUCAGACGGGCGAACGGCGGUCAACGCACAGCGUGCAGUAGGAUUACAGAUAUGCAUGUCGACCAGUGUGGGGCAAGGCCAAGGGGUGAGAAGGAGAAUGACGGGAAGUGUAUAUCCGUUCUCGUUCUCGGUGUCUCUGGUGCACCGAGGCGGGUAUGAGUAUUACCCAUCCCAUCCCCCAAAUUACUCGAUUAACCAACCAGUCCAGCAGCGGGGGUGACGCAAGACAUCGCCCUCCUUAGGCACAGCGACUG